GCCCUGCCGGCCUCGUCUGCCACAGCGACGCUUGCCUUCCCGAUGUCACUGGCACGACAAACUUUGCCGCGCCCUCAGCUGAAUGCGCCGGCCGGACGGGAUACUUUUCCUGCGACCAGUCUGUGGGCGGUGCGUGGCUUCUACGUUGAUAAGCAAACCUGGACGCCUCGACAAUUGUGUAGUCUCUCUUCGCUCCUGGGCCGCGUCCAUGGCAGUGCUAAGACCCAACGUAAGGUGACUAGAGGUAAUUAUUGACCACCAUGAGUGUGACAGGCGACUGCUGCCCCUUCGGCUACCUCUGUGACCCCGCAACCGACGUUCAGUGUCGCCUGACGCUGAAGCUCAGCGAGGUCGUCCAGACGGUCACCACCACCGUCGGCACCUGGACCGAGACGCUGACCAGGACGCUGGUGCAGGGUCCGACGCGCACGGCGGUGGGUCGGCUCGCCGAGAUCACGUCCGCUUCUAGCGGCAGCGGAGGCGGAGGCCUGAGCGGCGCGCAGAUUGGCGGGAUCGUGGCCGGCGUUGUGGGGGGUCUUUUGCUCAUUGCUGCGGCUGUGUUUGUUGUGCUUCGGCUCAAGGCACGGAGGCGCGAGACGGAAAGCGGGACAGGUGAGGGCACCAGUGCGGUCGAGACCCGGGAACUCGAUGGGCAGGGUUUGGAGCGCGCGGAACUACCGUCAACGAGCGACAAACAGCCCGUGGAGGUGGAUGCCGGGCAUCUGGGGCAUGAGCUGGAAGGAUAACAGCGCAUGCAUCAAGGGAAGUGGAACAAGUGCUUCCAACUCCAUUGCUCAGUGUAAUGUAAUGUAAUGUAUAUGCUGUAAUGUAGUGUAUUGUAGUUAGCUGGACUGUUGGUUCCGGGCUGGAAGAGGCAACUUUUCUGAUG